AUGGCCUCGGAAAUCUUCCACGCGCUCCUCCCACGGGAGGAUGCACCUGCUUGUGAUACAGGCAACAAAUUUGAUGGUCGCAUGGGUCUGCGUAUCUCGUCGAUCUUCGUCAUCAUGGUUGGCUCCAUGUUUGGCGCCGUCUUCCCCGUUUUUGCCAACAGCUUUCGGGGUAAGGGUGUCCCAGGAUGGGCAUUCUUCAUCGCCAAGUACUUUGGUUCCGGUGUCAUUAUUGCCACGGCUUUUAUUCAUUUGCUUGCUCCUGCAGAAGAGGCAUUGACCAAUGAAUGUCUGACCGGCCCAAUCACCGAGUACAGCUGGGUGGAGGGCAUCGUCCUUAUGACCAUCGUCGUCCUAUUCUUUGUUGAGUUGAUGGUUAUGAGAUACGCUCGCUUUGGCGAAAGUCACGCCCAUGAGUUGGCACACGACCACCACUCGCAUGGAAAGGAAAUCCCUGUCUCGACCGUGGAUCCUAAAACAGUCAUGCCCGGCGAAGACCACCUGGGCCACGGUCGUGAGCACCAUGACGCCGAAAUGGCCGAGAAGGACACUUCCCUCGAGGACUACGUGGCCCAGUUGACCUCUAUUUUCAUUUUGGAAUUCGGCAUUAUUUUCCACUCCAUUUUCAUUGGAUUGACCCUGGCGGUGUCCGGAUCGGAAUUCGUCACGCUGUACAUUGUCCUUGUCUUCCACCAAACCUUUGAAGGCCUGGGUUUGGGGUCUCGCCUGGCCACGAUCCCGUGGCCCCGAUCGAAGCGGUUGACCCCUUACUUGCUAGGAUUUGGCUAUGGCAUCUCCACCCCAAUUGCGAUUGCUAUCGGAUUGGGGGUGCGCAACAGCUAUCCCCCAGAGGGCCGCACCACCCUCAUUGUCAACGGAGUAUUCGACUCGAUCUCCGCUGGCAUUCUGAUCUACACAGCUCUCGUGGAACUCAUGGCCCACGAGUUCAUGUUCAGCACAUCCAUGCGAAAAGCACCCAUUCGGGAUGUUCUUGCUGCUUUCUUCCUUUUGUGCUUGGGCGCUUUGCUUAUGGCUUUGCUGGGUAAAUGGGCUUAA